AUGGAUUUUGGACUGAAUAGUGAAAGGGUACUCUGUUUUCGUGGAAGAAUCUGUGUACCGAAUGAUACUGAGUUCAGGCAGUCGAUACUGAGUGAGGCACAUAGUAGCCCGUAUGCUAUGCAUCCGGGCAGAAAUAAGAUGUACCGUGACCUUCGUGAGUCUUACUGGUGGUCAGGUCUUAAGCAAGAGGUUACCAAAUUUGUGCCUAAGUGUCUGACAUGCCAUCAAGUUAAGGCUGAACAUCAGUUACCUUCGGGAUUGUUGCAGCCAGUCAAGAUUCUGUUUCGGAAGUGGGAGCGUGUAACGAUGGAUUUCAUUAGUGGGUUACCCCUCACACCCACUAAGAAGGAUUCAGUGUGGGCGGCAUCAGACAGACAGAAGUCCUAUGCGGAUCUGAAGCGUCGAGAGAUUGAGUAUUCAAUGGGGGACUUCAUUUUUCUUAGGGUCUCGCCAUGGAAGAAGCACUACCGCUCUGAUCCCACGCAUAUUGUUUCUGUUGAAGAGAUCGAGGUUAGGCCAGAUCUGACCUUUGAAGAGGAGUCGGUUCAGAUAUUGGAUCGUGAUGUAAAAUUUCUGAGAAGGAAGUCUAUUCCACUGGUUAAAGUCCUAUGGCGUAAUCGUAGCACCAAACAGGCCACGUGGAAGCCUGAGGAUGCGAUGCGUCAACAAAAUAAUAUGUACCGUGACCUUUGUGAGUUAUACUGGUGGCCAGGUCUUAAACGAGAGGCUAUCGAAUUUGUGGCUAAGUGUCUGACAUGCCAGCAGGUUAAGGCUGAACAUCAGUUACCUUCGGGAUUGUUGCAGCCAGUCAAGAUUCCGCUUUGGAAGUAG